GGUAUCUCCAAGCCUGGGGAUUCUCCACUCCCUCAAACUGAGAUGAGGAAAGGUUACCUUUAUUUUGCUGAGCUUGUCUAAACUAAGGAUUUGUCGAUGUUCUACGAUGGAGGGAACUCCGCAGCCGGCGACGGCUCCUGCGGGGACGAAAGGUAUCGCGGUGAUGGCAUGUGACGCUUGCCGACGCUUGAAGAUGCGUUGUGUCGGGGCUUUGAAUCCUCCAUGCGAGCGUUGUGCGAAAGCUAAACGGCCAUGUGUUAUUUCACAGCGACAUCGAGCCCAUCCGGUGCAUGGACGUGGAUCCAGCGUGCUCGUUUUUCACGACUCAGCAAAGCAUUCAUCAGAUGAGUCUGCGAGCAAUGACACUGCGCACGUACAUAGGCGUGAAUACUUGCGGCCUGAAAAUUCUUUCAUCUCCGCAUCUGAACGAGACUGUGCGAUUAGAUCGAGCACAUCUUCUGAGGAGAGUAAGAAUCCGUCAUCACUGUCCAAACCUGCAGUCGAUACAACCCACAAUGUUGAAAUCCACCAACCUCGUCAAUUCGCAUUACCUUCAGUGUACUCCGUAACUCCUUUCGUGGAAGCAGACCUUGAAUCAGCAUACAUGAAUGAGAGCUGCGUUGAGCGGAGCAGUCGAAGCAGCCAUGAAGCGCGAUCAUCAGUCUCUACUUCAAGCCCGUAUGGAGGCAGCACUCAGACCGACGAUGGCUCUCUCACAGCCUUGGAAAGAGAUAUAUAUCAUCUUGUGGACUUCUUCCACAGCAAAAUGGCCAUGCAAACGCCAGUUUUCUUGCCAGAUGAUUUCAAAGACAAAAGAAGCAUGAUACGUCAUCGAAGACCGCUCGCUGUCUGCAUCGCUUUCGUAACUGCCCGUUUUGUCCCUGGUUGUCGAUCAUUACGAAUUCAACUUACUCCCGAUGUGCUAAACAUCCUCAAAAUGGCGUGGGACCGCAUCAAUGAGAAUGAAGAGGAGCAAAGGACUCUUUUUCAGGCCUUUGCUAUUCUUUCUACGUAUGCAAGCCCGUCUGAUGCUCAGACCUCUGAGAGUGGAGCAGCCAGAUACGGCGAGCUCAGUCCGUUAGCGCUUAGAUCGGUCAUAGAAACGUUCGCCUUGCGUAUAUCACUUCACCGAUCUUGGGACCAGGUUUCAUGUUUACGAUUCAAAAGUCCUAGCGAUGCUCUUGCUAGUGUGCCGUUUCGCCGUUAUCUUCUAUGGCUCUGGCUGUACACAAUGUCACAUCACGGAAGUUUGCUAAUGCGUACACCGCCCACAAUUCGAGAAGACGCGUCAAUACGAUCGGCCCCGGAAAUACUUAGCAGUCUCAAAGAAGAGUACCUGAUCAAGCGUAUACUUGCAGAAGUUGAGCUUUGUUUACUUUGGAGCCAAGCUGGCACCCGACACCAUGAACUUGGUGAAUGGUGGGUAUCACCUCAGACCGGUGGCGCGAUUGAUUCUCGGCUGGAAGCACUACGAGCAUUGGAUGCCGCUCUGGUAUCAUGGAGCGAACGAUGGGGUCUUGUUGAAAAAGACGACAGCGUCGUACUCCCCAUCAAUAGUUUACAGCGCACAUCUAUCGACUUCCACUACCGAUUCAAAAGGUUCAGCGUAGCAACAUAUGUUACUCGAUUCUUCCACCUUUCAACUAUUGAGCAGCGGUCCGAUCAGAGCCGCGAUCAAUCCCCAACACCACCUACCAUCAUGAUGAUCGAACUUCUUCUCCAGACGAUGCAAGCUGCAAUGUCGCUUUGCACCUUGCCAUUGGAGCUAAGUCCGAUACAGAAGGAUAUCGCAAGAUAUAUUCCUCACCUCGCUUUCGCGAUGCUAGCAUUCCCUUGUUAUUUUGUAAUGCGUGCAGCAGAAGUACCUGGCAUACCAAUCGCUACGGUACGUGAAUACUUCAUUGAUAUUAAGAGAGUUGCAGACGUGUUCUGCGAAAUGGCCGCGGAUGAAUACCACUGCGCAUCAAUCUAUGGUAAGGCCAUAUUAGAAGAGCUCGCGAGAACGGAGCGAAGCCUCCAAAGUAAGCAAAGUUCGACUCAGUUCCGAAACUCACAAGUUCGUCCUCACACUCCCGCGCAAGUCCACCAAAACUCGAUGCAGCCGCCAAGCUUGGAUCACACAGUCUACUCAGCGACGUCAGACAGCACUACUCAAACUGACAAUAUGGAUUUCACUCCAGAAGCAUCGAGCAUGUUCAACUGGCAGUCAUUAAGUGCUUUGAACUCACCGAAUCAAUAUUCUGGAAUUGGAGGUAUCGAGGGCUGGUUUUUGAACAAUUUUUGGGAUCCUUGAACUGUGCUCGAGACACUCAAAGGAACUUGAGCAAACACCAAGCUAACUCUUCGCAUAAACCGACGAAGCAGCACGGAACAUUUUUGACAAACGACAGCUCAAGCUCACAAAUGUACAUUUGCGGACCGACCUCUCUGCUCAAGCUGGAAUGUUGUAGAUUACGCCCACCUUUCGAAGAUCGAAUUCUUCAAAACUUACAAUCGCGUCUCUCCACGUAACGACUUUUUCUACUAGGUAGAGAUCUACUCAGCCUCACCUAGUUUAUCAACACUUCACCCCAGAAAUUGGGUGGGACGGGAAAUCUAUCUCGGCUUGAGGUUUGUAGUUGAAGUACAUUUGAAUUUGACUAAGUAGCCCGCCCGCGACUUUUUGCGCGUUUCCCUUAUUUUUGGAUUUCACGGCGUAGCCGAGGACUUGAACGAGAUGUACCAUAGGAAAGAAGAUUUGGCUAAGCCAUGGUUUUUAGCCGAGCUUGAUGGGUCCGGCGAUGUCGUCUCUUUUCGUAAAAUCUAAUGGGGCUGAAACCACCAUGCUACCUAAGGCUACUUUUUUUAAACUUGUAAGUCAUGAAUGACGUUAGAUUGUAUAGUGAUAUAUUGGCUUAUUAGGUUAGUGUCUACUCCGUCGUUACAUCAAAGUACUUGUGAGAGCGAUCGUACCCUUUUGGGUGAUGUCGCAACAGAUACUGUAGACAUAGCUUCCGUCUGUUCACUAGUUACGUUAUUCAAAAGGUUCAGGGAAAGGUAUCAAACAACUGAUGAAGCUGUACGAGGGCCUACAAAGUUACUUUAUGAUGCAAAGGGGGUUUUGAUGCAUAUGAAAAUUGACACAACGUGUCUGGUGGCGAAUUAGCCAUGUGGAUGCUGAAGAUUCUCGGGAUAUUCCGAGUAGCUUUUCUAGACUUGUGAUGACCUGGUAUAGCGAAGUCUCUGCCGAUACCACAUGCCUGGGGACAUCCCUCGCUCCAAAUGAUGACAUCUGUGCCGAAAGUCAGGCCGCUUGUUCGAUGAUGUACAAAGGACACUUCUCCAAUUGUACCAGAAAUGUGUUACAACAAUGAAAAAAU